AUGGCGAUGAUGACUGGCCGUGUGCUGCUGGUGUGUGCCCUCUGCGUGCUGUGGUGCGGUGCCGUUUUGGUGUCGGCGGCCGGUGAUGGCGAUGGCGAUGGCAGAGGUGUUGAUAGUGAAGGUUUGCCGGAAAGCGCUGAACGUGCAGUAUUAUUACCAAGCAGCCCUGAACCACUUAUACAGUUAAAAGCAGUAUCAAAUCCACCGCCGAAACGCGUGGAAGAAGCACCUACACCCGCAAAAGAAUCUUCGGAAGAAGGAAGUGAAGCAGGAGAAGAUGAAGUAAUAGUAAAAAGUGAAGAAGGACAACAAGACGAAAAUGCUCCACAAGUGAAUGGAAGGAAGACACCCGAACUUUUAUUAAAACAAAAUGAGACACCAAAAGCUCCAGAAGUAGAAGGAAUUCCAACAGCAGCAUCAAUAAAAGAAUCACCGACAACGCCAGGACCACAAGCACCGACGCUACAAGCACCAUCACCACCACCACCACCAUCACAAGCAUCAGUUGUUGGUGAAGGCGAUGGCGGUCCCGUUCGGGUUGAAGAUCCCGUUUCCGGGCCACCUUCCAGUGGUGCUUCUUCAUCUACCAUUUCCAACAACGGAGACGCUUCAGGGAAGAAUGGCGGUGCACUACCCACUCAGGACACGACAUAUUUAGAAAACAAUGGGCAGUCAGGGCCAAAAGCAUCUUCAGGGAACGCACCACUCAACAGGGAGACACCGGAGAGAUCAACGCCCGAUGCAAAAAGGCACUCCUCUGAUGCACAAGAAAAUGAAAUGAGUCGACUUCCUGAUGGGGAUGCAG